AUGUUCCCCAGACCAAAAAAAAAAAAAAAACGAUCCUGGGGAAAUGAUUUCCACACACCAUCAAAUUCUCCACCUAAAAAGCCUUUCCACAACACAAAUGAAGAACUAGUGACAGAGGAGCUACAGAGCAACGCAGUUCAGCACUUCUGGUGUGUCAGUGCAACUCAUUAUCAAAGUGAUGAAAGGUACACAGAAUUCUCUCGAAAUCAUCAGUGCACAUGUAAUGUCCUCACAUUCCUGGCCUACCUUAAUGAGGAACACCAGUUCAACACAGCCCGACUUGAUAAGGUGCUUGAACAGGGAGAUGCACUCUACUGUAGGAUUAAAACAAAUCUUCAGCAGGAGAGGCGUUAUACACAAGAUCAUCUGACCAUGGAGGACCUGCCCAAAGAAGUUCAUGCUGACAUAAACGUCUACAGUGUGAAAAUGGACAACAUAAGGUAUGGAUACCUGAAAGCAGCAGACAAAACUUAUCAAAGAAAAGAGUGGUGGUUGCCUCUUGCUAGUCGCCUUGUAUGUCUGUCAACAGAUGUGAGCUAUGCUUUGCUCAUGGUUUCACCUCAGUGCAUUGCAGUUUUCCGUGACAAAUCUGGGAGGUAUGGAUUAUUUGAUUCACAUUCAAGAAGUGCAGCAGGUUUACCCUAGCCAAAUGGAACAGCAGUCAUGCUCACUUUCACUCAUGUGAAUGACCUGAUC